CAACCUUACAGUGGUAACCUUUCUUGUAGUCUUACAAGUUUACAGACAGUUCAAAUAGAAAGUGUUUUUAUCAACUUGAGUGUAAAAUCAUGUAGUAAAAUUCAAGUAUUUUCCCGGAACCAAGAUUUAUUAAACUGCUCUAAAGAUGUAAUUAGUCUUGGUUCAGAGUUAAAAAUAUCUGGAAAAACUAUAAAUGUUAAAAUUGAUGACAUCACAGACGAAGAAGAGGGUGUCCUGUGGAUUAAAGUAUAUGGAGGACCAAGCAUUGCUUGUACCAGAUAUUUACAACCAAGUUCAAUUCCAGAAACAGUUCCAGGGUCUUCAGAUGAGUUGGGUUUAUUAAUUGGCUGUGUUGUUGGUAUUGUGGUAGUUAUAUUGGUAGUGAUGGUGGUUGUUUAUUGUAGAAUAAGAAGAAGGAGAAGUAAAUCAGGUGAUAAUCAUCAGGAGUUAGAAUAUACCAAUAAAAACAACAGGGUUGAAUCUGAAUAUAAUACAAUACAAGAUGGUGAUACAAAGAAACACGACUCAUCUUACCACUAUAUCGACGAUAGUUUCUUACAGAACUCAACCAACAACAAGAACCCAGCGGGUAGUUCAUCAAAUAAUACUCCACCAAACGAUGAGUUAAACUACCAAGUUAUUGAUCAUGGUUUUACUGCUAAAUCAACCAAAGCGAAGACGAACUACCAAGACAUAGAUCAUGAUUUAGGCAUGAAUACUGCUAAGUCACAAACCGCAUCGCCCAAAAAUCAGACAAACUACACAGGCGCCACAACACCAAACGAGGACACGAGCUACACAUACAUUGACGGUGAUUUUGGCACCAAAGCUGCUAAACUACCAAGCACCGCAUCGUCUCAAGGUGAGACGAACUACACAUACAUAGACCAUGAUUUUAGCACCAAGUCCAUCAAAGCAGUUGGUAGUCCACCUAACAAGACAUCGCCAAAACAGGAGUCAAACUAUCAUGUCAUUGACAACGAUUUUGACAUCAAAUCGAAACCGACAUCUGGCUACUGUGAUCCCCGCAUUAAGCUAGACCCCAGAACCCAACCAUUAGAUUCGAAAUUUCAAUAUAGUGUGGUGAAACCAAAGAAUACCAGACGACAGGGUACAGGUAAUCCAUCGGAAUAUGAUCACAUCAGUGCGAAGACAACAGCAGAUAAUUUGGGAAAAGAGGAACCUAUGGAUCCAAAUUACGACCAAUUUAAACGUACCUCGUCAACCUCUAUGGUGAAAGAUAAAACGUAUUAUGAUCAUAUUCCAAAGGGUGACGAACAUGCUUUAUCUGAUCCCUACAGCGAUCCUACCUAUAACCAUCUGGGUGAAAAGGGCCAAAUCUCAAAACCACAACAAGACAAUACUAGAAAUCUGAAUCCACCAUCUAACAGUCAAUACCAACCCCAAAAAUCGAAGGCAAAUAUUGAUGACCCUACCUAUAAUCAUCUGGGUGACAAACAUUCUAUCACAAAACCACAAACAGGCAACACUGUCUUUUCGAAAUCACCAUUCCAUGGUGACAAAAAGGAUACUCCCAAAUCACAAGAAGGCAACCACCACACGGAAAAUGUCCAUGAUCUCAAUAAUGACCCUACCUAUAAUCAUCUUGGUAAAAUUGGUCCUACAUCAAAAUCACAACAAGGCAACCACAGCACGAAGAAUGUCGAUGAUUCUAAUAAUGACCCUACCUAUAACCAUCUUGGUGGGAAGGUUCAUACUCCACAACAAGACAACCACAGCACGAAGAAUAUCGCUGAUCUCCAUAAUGAGCCUACCUAUAAUCAUCUUGGUAAAAUUGGUCAUACAUCAAAAUCACAAGAAGGCAACCACAGCACGAUGAAUGUCGAUGAUCACAAUUAUGACCCUACUUAUAGUCAUCUUGGUGAAAAGGGCCAUACCCCAAAACAAGACGACAACACAAAGCAUGUCGAUGAUCCCAAUAAUGACCCUACUUAUAACCAUCUUGGUGGGAAGGGUUAUACUGCACAACAAGACAGCCACAGCACGAAGAAUGUCGAUGAUUCUAAUAAUGACCCUACUUAUAACCAUCUUGGUGAGAAGGGUCAUACUCCAAAACCUCAAGAGAACAUUGGUGCUACGAAUUCCACAUCUAACAGUCAAAGUCAGACAAAGAAGACCGUGGAUGACCCCUACUGCGAUUCUAACUAUGACCAUCUCGGUAUAAAGGGUCAUACCACGAAACCACACCAUCAGAACGCUGUCUUGACGAAUUCAACAUUUGACAGUCAAUGCCAGGCAGAUGAUCCUACUUAUAAUCAUCUUGGGGACGACAACCCUGAAUCUCAGAAACAUCAGGAACGUCAAUAAGAUGUUAUAGACUAAAACCACGUCUUCACUCAAUCUGAUUAAAACACAGAUCAUAUUCCGUUUCGUUUUUUAUAGUCCAAAAUAUCGUUUUAUUUGUCUCUACUACACUAGGAACUGGAUGGGUUGUUAUAUAACCCGCAGUGCACGGAACUGUAGGUAACCCACUACAAAGCCACUGAUUGGUUAAUCAAUGUCUGACGUCACAAGGUAAAACGCCGCUCGUAUGACACCUGACGCGAACUUUCACCACUAAAACCGGUCAGAUCUUCAUGUAGUGAAGGCAAUGGAAAAUAUAAAAAAAACGAAACGAAAUACAUAAUCAGAUUGCAAUAAGUAAAGAUACCCACAAUCAAAUAGACACCACAGACUAAAUUCUUGUCGAAAGUACCAGAUACCAAGAAUUACAUCUGGUUGGAUGAUAGGAUAAACCAUGGUUGUUCAUGGAAAGUAAAUAGAAUAUUGUACAUAAACUUUUCAAAAUGGCUGCCAAAUGAUGUUGUGGGGUUUGGUGUUUCUGUACAGACACUUGGUUUCGUCUUCCAUUCUAAAUUCCUAUAUUCUCAGGUCUAGUUAAGAUUGUUCAGGAAAUGCCUUUUUGAACUACAUGUAUAUGCAUUGAAUCUUACUUGGCCUG